GAGUCACGUGAUCCGUGACGUAAUAACACGAAGCGUAACUUCCUUAUUUUUAUCGGAACCGUUAAACUGAAACCAUUUCGUGAACAUAUACGACCAAAACAAACGAGAGACGACAUGCGUUUGACCAGGUCCGUCGUGUACAGACGGCGAGGGCAAGGCUGUAUAGCCUAGGAGCUCCUCCUUAUUUCGGAUUAUCCACCUGUGUCUCGCUUUAUGUGUGAAUCAUGAUGCUGUGCUGGGGAAGCAGCGCUCAGGGUCAGCUGGGAAUCGGGCCGUCCGAGGUGCCCGUCGCCGAACCGAGGAGCUGUUGCGUGUUCGACGGGAGGGGUCUUAAAGAGGUGGCGUGUGGCGGCCAUCACUCGGUCUUCCUGUUGCAUGAUGGGAGCGUAUACACGUGUGGCUCCAACAGCUACGGUCAGCUGGGUCAUGACAAAGGAGGAUCCAGACCAGAGCUGGUUGGAUCUCUGGAUGCUCAGAAGAUAGCUGGAGUGUCGUGUGGUCAGACUUACUCCCUGGCUGUGAAUGAGCAGGGUCAGGUGUUUGCCUGGGGUUCCGGUGACGGAGGCCAGCUCGGUCUUGGUACGAUUGAGGAGGCCGUCCGCGUGCCCAGGUUGAUUAAAAAGUUGUGCGAGCAUCGGAUCUCACAAGUUAUGUGUGGCAACCAACAUUGUAUAGCACUUUCAAAAGACGGUCAGGUGUUUGUGUGGGGUGGGAAUUCAAGCGGUCAGCUGGGUUUAGGGAAGGGAGAGCCGAGCUCUCUGUCACCCCAGCCUCUUAAAUCUCUGGGUGGGAUUCCUUUGGCUCAGAUCAGCGCCGGAGGGAACCACAGCUUCGCCCUGUCUCUCUCUGGAGCUGUGUUCGGCUGGGGGAAAAACAACUCUGGGCAGUUGGGACUCAAUGAUGAGCUAGAUCGUGCUGUUCCCUGCCACGUUAAGUUCCUGAGGUCACAAAAAGUUGUGUACAUCAGCUGUGGAGAGGAACAUACGUCUGCAUUAACCAAGGAAGGAGGUCUGUUCACGUUUGGAAACGGUUCAAGAGGACAGCUGGGCCAUGACUCUACCCACAAUGAACCUCUUCCACGCAGAGUGAUGGAGCUCAUGGGCACAGAGGUGUCCCAGAUCGCCUGUGGACGGUACCACACCUUGGCCUUCGUGCCGUCCACAGGUCUGCUUUACGCCUUCGGUUGUAACGCUCAGGGUCAGCUGGGCACCGGCCUAAGAGGAAACUCCAAGAGUCCACUGCCUGUCCGCAACAUCCAGCCCCUGGGCAUUGGAAAUGCUCACGCAAGGGCAGAGCACUACACCAUCAGUAAAAUUCACAGCGGGGGCGAUCAGUGUUUUCUCUUGUUGUCAAACAAGGAGGGCAUUUGUCAUCCUGAGGAUUUUCGCAUUAUGAACACCACCAAGAGCAUCGCUCAGAUUAGUUCAGAGAGCUUGGACAGCUGGAGGCUGAAACUACAUGACAGCAGCGAUUCGAACAUCGCAAAUGACAUCAUAGUCCUGUUGUCCUCAACCGCGUGUUGGAACGCCAGCUUCCUGGACCAAAGUGAUGAUGGCCAUUUCAAAACCAACCCUAAAGUCCCAGGCAUCGACUUCAAUGCGGUCAAACUGCUGUUUGAGACCCUCAUGAAACCGUCUUUCUCAAGACUCCUGGACCAGGCUACUAAGAGCUUCGAGAAUAUGUUGAUCCCUCAGCUGCCCUGCUCUCCUCCUGAUGUGGAGGCCAUGAGGAUCUAUCUGAUCCUUUCUGAAUGUCCCGCGUUCCAGGACUCCAAAAACUACAUCUCUCUCACCAUCCCUCUCGCCAUGGCUAUUCUCAGAUUGGACGCCAAUCCCAGCAAAGUGCUCGAUAACUGGUGGUCUCUGGUGGAUCGUGAGGUGUUCUCCAGGUUAGUGGAGAUGUACAAAAGCAUCGUCGUGUUUCUGUUGGCCGGCGGUCGAGCGCUCUUGAUGCCCGUGUUCUUGGAGAGCUACAUCAGCGCAGCAUUACGACUGCUGGAGAAACUGCACAAGGUCAACCAGAAGGCUCAUCGUGUUGAAUACAACCACUUUUACAUCUCCGACAUCUCCAGCCUGGUCGACAUCCAGGAAGACUACCUCAAAUGGUUUCUGCGUAAAACCGAUCUUAAAGUGCGAUACCCUCCGGUGCAGGGUUCUGUCACAUUAUGUGCCUAUCCGUUCAUAUUGAACGCUCAAGCCAAGACAACCGUGCUGCAGACAGAUGCUGAGCUCCAGAUGCAGAUGGCCGUAAGCGGAGCUAACUUGCACAACGUCUUUAUGCUGUUGACCAUGGAGCCUUUGCUGGCCAGGAACCCUUUUCUGGUGCUUCACGUACGCAGGGAUCACUUAGUCAGCGACGCACUGCGGGAGCUCACCAUCUACAAUGAUAUUGACCUAAAGAAGCCUCUAAAGGUCAUCUUUGAUGGAGAGGAAGCAGUAGAUGCUGGAGGAGUCACUAAGGAGUUCUUCCUUCUCCUCCUCAAAGAGCUGAUGGAUCCCAUCUACGGCAUGUUCACCCAGUACUCAGACUCCAAUCUUCUCUGGUUCUCUGAUAAAUGUUUUGUGGAGCACAAUUGGUUCCAUCUUAUUGGGAUCAUUUGUGGUUUGGCCAUCUAUAACUCAACUGUAGUGGACCUUCACUUUCCUCUGGUGCUCUACAAGAAGCUUCUGAAUGUUCCUCCAAUACUUGAUGACCUGAAAGAACUUUCUCCUACGGAGGGCAGGAGUCUUCAGCAGUUACUGGAGUUUGAGGGUGAUGUUGAGGAGACCUUCUGUCUGAAUUUUGCAAUUACAAGAGAGUAUUAUGGGAUCACAGAGGUUAAGGAGCUGGUGCAGGGAGGAAAGACAAUCGCUGUGGAUAAAACGAACAGGAAGGAGUUUGUUCAGGCGUAUCUUCAGUAUGUGUUCACUGACUCGGUACAGGAGCUGUAUUCUGCAUUCUCCAGCGGUUUCCUCAAGGUUUGCGGUGGAGAGAUCCUCUCUCUCUUCCAGCCCUCCGAGCUCAUGGCCAUGGUGGUUGGCAACAACAACUACAACUGGGAGGAGAUGGAAAAGAAUGCCACAUACAAGGGCGAGUUCUCCGCCUCCCACCCAACGGUCAAAAUGUUCUGGGAGGUGUUUCAUGAGUUUCCGCUUGAGAAGAAAAAGCAGUUCUUAUUGUUUCUGACAGGCAGCGAUCGGAUACCCAUACACGGCAUGGCUAGUCUACGCAUAGUCAUCCAGUCCACUGCUGCUGAAGAGCACUACCUGCCUGUGGCUCACACCUGUUAUAACAUGCUGGACAUGCCCUGCUACCAGACCAAAGAGACCCUGCGGCACCGGCUCAUGCACGCCGUGGAGCAGUACGAGGGGUUCAGUCUGGUCUGAACGGGACAUGGGACAGGCCUGCGAUGGUCUGGAAAUCAUCCAGAGAGAUCAUUUAUUUGCUAUACGCUGGAACUGCACUUUAAUCCUGUGGGGAAUCGGAACGAAUGCUCUCGUACUUACCGCAAAUGAGCACAUACUGAAUAUAAGUAAAGCUAUUAUUUUACUAUUUUUACAGUGACUUGCUGAUUUGGUUUCAUAAAAUUUGUGCACACUUUAACUUUUUUUGGGGAGGUUAUCAAAGUUUCUAUUUUUUAAAAAUGCUACAAAAAUAAAUAACAAAGAUUAGGAUGGCAUAGUCAAGCUUUCUUUAUAUAUUUUGUAAAUAUGUUUGACGUUUUUGAAUCGAGACGGUUUGCUCUGUUGCCUAAGCCGAUUUAAUUAGUGUUUUUUUUGGAUGUAAACAAAUUUGGUAGUUGAAACUCAGAACGCCCUAUCCUCAAUACCGAACAAACGUAAGUAGUUAAAGGCCAUCUAGAAUGAGAUUUACAUCACAAUGUUUUUUUGGGGGCUCGUCCAGGAUCAAGACGGGAGACGUAAAGCUACUCUCAGCUGACGAGUUUUAAUCCUGACACUUAACUUUUUCUUUUUGUGCACAAAUUCGACAGAUUAUGCAGUUCCUCAACUCCUACAGUAAAUCCAUUCUUCUUUUGUUUUCUUUUGUAUAGUAAUAAAUCAUCACAAAAAUAAAAACGUAUCAUCUUAUCAUAUAUGUGAACAUGCAACGCCCAGGUGGAUGCUGCUUUUUUGGAAAUCUUUUGCAUUAAUAUUGGGAGAGGAAACGGUUUUUCUUUAAGAGCAACGUGGACACUUUCGGUUGAGAUUUUGUGAGAAAGACGCGAAAUCAGCAAUAACUACUGGUUGACGUACGCAUGCUAGUAAGGGGAUUUUAAUUGUAUUUUAAUCCAACAAAUGUGAAUAGUCUUAAUAGUUGCAUAAUUUUUACACACAAUCCAUCAGUUUUCAGUUUAAUUCCUCCUGUUCUCUCACAGAAUGUUGUGUUUUACAUUUUCCGUUAACAUUUUCUGAAAAGUGUGACUGAUUGGUUGGUUUUGAGAAAAGUAACAUAAGAGUGAUUUAUAGUUAACAGCUCUUGGUUUGUUAAGACAAAGAUACUGAAACCUGUCUGUAAUCGGCCACAGUGAUUUGUUUACUGUGGUGUUAUGCAUCUAGCUGCAUGAAGACGUGUUUGUAUGAUGGAAAGUCACACGGAAGUGUUCCUAUCCAACUAAUACCUUUCUGUCAAUGUAAGCAAACAAGGGCUUCUUAGUGGCUAAUGAUGCAUUAUUUUAGUAAAGUAUAUUUACUUUUAUAGCUUUCAAAUGGAAUAUAUUGUUUUAUCUAUUUUUUUCCAGAACAAUAAAGUUAUAAUUUCGCCUCA